UUGCAGAUCAAUUUUGAUUAAAAUCACCUGUUUUAUAAACAUUAAGUUAUAACGUUGUACAGUUUUAGGUUCUUUCUAGAAUGUGCACGUCUAAAUUAGCUUAAUGGAGUACUAUAAAUAUGGAUUUAUUAAAAUUGUUGUUGUGUGUAAUGUUGCUCCUUCUGUGUCAAAUUUGUGCAGGUGAAAAGUUUUUCAGAUAUGAUUCAAGAUAUGAUAGGAGAUCUAAAUUCAUUAAAAAACCACACCUACGUUCGACACGUUCGACCACACAUAGUCAUAUAAUUGAAGAAAUCGAUAAAUCAAAAGAAGACAUCGAACCAAUAACAAUAGCAACUGUAAAACCUAAAACGAUACCAGCAAAUGUAGACAAAACUAAAAUUAAUAUUAAUUUGACACCAACGUCAAAAGCAGAGAAUAAUUUAAAAAAUAAAAAGAACCCGAAUAAAACUUUGGCUACGAUUUCAAGAAAACCUGAAAAAGUUAUAUUAUCAAAACUAAUUGAUAAAGAGAAGGCAAAAACAAAGCCAGAAUUCAUUCCAAUAGACUUAUUUUUACCAAAUCCAGUAAAAGACGUAAAAUCUGGAGUAGAAAUAGCAAAUAAAAAGGUGAUAGAUGAAGAAAUCGAGAAAGUACCUAAAAUUGAACAUGAAAUUAAUAAUGACAAAUUGAACAUUGAGCCAACGAUACAAAAGACAAGUGAAAUAAAACCGAAUACUGCUAAAAGUGAUAGGAAAAAGCCUUCAAGUAAAAAAUCUCAAAUUAAACCUAAAGACAAAAUCACUGACACUAUAAUAGAAGAUGAAGUUAUUGAAGAUGACCUAGACAAAAGUCUAGGCGAUCAAUGUGUUGAUAAAAUAUUAAACUUGUUUCCCAAAACAAAUAAACUAAGUGUUGAAUCAAAAGACACACAUCAAUUAAAAGCAACUACCACUAAAAAGCUUACACAAAAAAUUAUAAAAAUGGAAGACAGAAUGAAGGAACUAUAG